ACUCAACAAUGGACGCAACGACCGAGCCCAGCGAUGCGGUUACCGACCUCGAGCCUACACACAUGCACACCGAAGCAGGUGAACAAGCUCUCCAACCCGUGAAAAAGACCAAAAAAAUCAUCCGGCGUCGCAAAAGGCCCGCGCGCGUGCAAGUUGAUCCCUCCACCGUGAAGAGUGAGCCUCCCGCUCAAACGGGCGAGCUCUGGAAUAUCUGGUACAGCAAAUGGAGUGGAGGUGACUCAAAGGAUAAACAUGGGUUGGAUCAACCUGCGCCAUCCCGAUGCAACGUCGCGCGCGAUUCGGGGUACACCAAGGCCGAUCAAGUGCCGGGAUCAUACUUUUGUCUUUAUUUCAGCAAGGGUCAAUGUUGGAAGGGACCGGCUUGCGAAUAUCUACACCGCAUUCCGACAAUUCAUGAUCAUUUCAAUCCUAGUGUUGAUGCGUUUGGUCGUGACAAGCACCAGGAUUAUCGAGAUGAUAUGAGCGGUAUUGGAGCGUUUACGCGAGUUAAUCGUACUCUUUACGUCGGACGCAUCCACGUUACAGAUGAUAUUGAAGAAGUAGUUGCUCGCCACUUUGCGGAAUGGGGGCAAAUUGAGCGAAUCCGCGUUCUCACAGGCAAAGGUGUGGCUUUCGUUACGUAUUCCAACGAGGCCAAUGCGCAAUUCGCCAUGCAAGCGAUGUCACAUCAAAGCCUGGACCACGAUGAAAUUCUAAACGUUAGAUGGGCCACCGUCGACCCGAACCCUCUGUCACAAAAGCGUGAGGCACGAAGACUGGAAGAGCAAGCUGCGGAAGCAGUCCGGAGAGCCCUCCCGGCCGCAUUCGUAGCGGAGAUCGAAGGCCGCGACCCCGAGGCUAAGAAGAGGAAGAAGAUCGAAGGCACAUUUGGAUUGGAAGGCUACGAUGUGCCGGAUGACGUGUGGCAUGCACGCACGCGGCAGCUCGAGGAUACACCAGCAAAUGGUCAGCUGGAGGCACCCGAGCAGUCACUUCUGCUGGAAGGGGGAUCGGCGGGCACAGAGACUCAGCCCGGGCCCGAGCCGGAAGCGCAGGGCGGCAUCUUCUCGAGUGCAACGCUGGCGGCUCUUCGGGGGAUGGCUGGAAGUAAUGUGACGACGCAGGCUGCACCGAAAGGCUCUGGUGGGCCGCUGGUGGCUUAUGGAAGCGAUGACGAGAGCGAUUAGGCUUUGCGAGUGAAGUCAGGUCGUAUUUGUGGCUCUUGGCCUGACUCUGACAUUCGCGAUCUCUUCAUGUAUAAUAGCAUCGAUACCUCUGGAGUCUACAAGGGAAGAUUUCUUCUGUCUACGACAUACACCUACAUACAAUUAUUCUUGGAAGCAAAGAAAUUGAUGGAAUUGAUUCUACUCCAUAAACUCAUGGGACACGAGAUGAUCUAUCAAUGUGAUUCAUCACAGGGUAUAGUUCUUAACAUUUCGCUAAAAACAGGGCAAGUAGCAGAUAUAGCUGUUGAGAGGGGUUUCAUAGACAAGAGUUGAUUAAAAAAAACAAACAAUAAAAAGUACACCAGAUGAUGUCACGAUGUAAUGAUGCAAAUGCAAUGAAGUUGACCCCUAUCCAUGCAAGCCAGGCCAUUAAGCAAGAAACAUAGAUUGACAUGAAAAAAAAACGCCCCAGACCCCCUCCACUGCACAAGUCAUAUCCUAAAUCAUUCAUUCGUUCACCUGUCACAAGGACCAAGAUCAUAAUACACACACGACCCCGUUCGAUAAUUGUAGAUAAACGCAUUCGUGUAGCCUCCGCUGCUAUCAUCAAGGCGAUUCUCCGAGGCCAAGUCGCUCAGUAAUUCGUACACUUGGCUGAGAUAUUUGCGUUCGGUUAAAGGCGCGUUUUGGAUGACUGUGCGCCAGCUGUCAGGGUCAGAGAGGCGGGUGUUGCGGAUGGAGUCGAGGACGUCGUCACGGGUGUCGAUUGCGGCGACAGGGCCGUUGCGUGCG